UUGACAUAUCUCAAAAGAAAACAUUUUACAUUUACAGAAAGCGGAGCGUAAACAACAUGUCUUCGCUUCUUCACGUAGUAGGAAGAAGCAUGUCAGCAGCGAGGGUGUGGCGUCAGGUGUGCCCCAUCUUGCAGUGCCUCAGUCAACAACGGGCCACACCUCAUCUCAGUCCAUUUUCCUCAGCUAUGGCAGUGCAGUGCUCCCACCGCCCGCCCAAAUUGAAUGAAGUGCAGGAAGUGAAGUGGCUUCACCCAGGCGAUGGCAGGGUAGAGGACAUGAUAGCCAUGAACAAACACGGCACUUGGCGCCAUUGCGGAUAUUUUACCUUGCACUUGGAACAACCAUUAGAACCACAGCAGUAUCUUCAAGCUGUAACUCAUCUGCGUAAUAAGGUUCAGCUGUUGAGGACCUGUUUCCGCCUCCGUGACAAAGAGUGGUGGCUGUGUGAGAUGCCAACACCUUCCAUCGACUUCCAGAGGUGACGCAAGGAGGCGAUUGCGCUGAGGAUGGCAGUUCACCUUGGACAGUCCUAAACUCUUGACUUGAUCCUGUGAGAGAACAAAAUCGCUGCUGUCAGUUAUAGCUGUGAGAUUUUUUCUACGCCUUCCUCCCUUAGGAAGUGGACCUCAAGCAUAAAGAACUGCACACUGCAGAUAUUUCUACUCUAAGCAUGAGUUCAAUAGAAAAAGGAAAAGCGGGAGCAGACCGCCAGGCUUCCACCACAAGGGUGAAAACCUGUCCACUAAGGCUGCUGGUUCAUCCGAGUUAAACAGGACGUUAAAACCAAUAAAGACUAACCGACAGGUUUUCACAAUCAAAUAUUUAUAUUUGAUGUGGUGCUAUGAAUUGGAAGUGGAAUUUCCCAAGAACAGCCGUCAUUUAAAAAAAAAGAUCACAUUGCAACAAUCGUAUAAAGCAAAACAUGGGUGGAAAAAAAUGGUUGAAGGGUUGACAUCAAAGACCGUUUUCUAUAACAAAACAAUUUAAUAACUAGAGACUAAACUACUACAACAUCGAGUUUACGUUA